CCCUCGUAAGUGUGGCUGGUGACGAGGCGGAUCGCUCUGGAUCCCCGGCCCUAGGGCUUAGGCUAGACUAGAUGCAUCGAUAUGUUUCUCAGCGUACUGUACAGCGCCGUCAGCAGCCAUUACCGCCUAGGUCCAACCCCUGUCCUCGCCAAACACCAAAAGCAAUCUCGCCAGGCUGCCAAUUGCCCGGCCAGCGUCGUUUUGCGUGAUGGGCGUGUAGUAGUCACUGUCUCUGCGGAACUCUCCACUGCCCGAACUUGGCGCUGACAGUCGUUGUGAAGUCGGCCGCCUCGAUUGCCCGGUGCCGGGGCCUGUGCUUUGGCAAGCUAUUCCCUAUCCCUCCGGAGCACUGUCCACAUUCCUCUGCCGCUUCAGCUGGUGCGACUCCCAAGCCUGCAACCGCCGUUGAAACGCUUGCGAGAGCUCGUCAACCUCUGCUCCGCACUGCAAGCCUGCCCGCUGGAACCUCAACACCAUGGCCAACGUCGACCGCAGUGAUCAGCCCGCCGAGGUUGCGAGCAGGGUGUUGCGGAGGGCACAAGUCUCAAAGAUGACCCGCACUUUGCAGAACCGCCUUGCGCUGGCCAACGUCAAGAUCAAGCAUGGAUGGCAGGACCUGUCGCUCGACCACCUGGAGCCGCGGGUAGAUGUCGAGCUUAAGCGGAAGCGCCCUGGCUCUAGUAACGAAACCAUGUCCAACGCCUCGUCGGUGUCGGAACGCUUCUAUCAGGACGGCGUCCUCGACUCGUCCCCGCUCGCGGCGCCCAUAUUUUCGGAGGAAAUUGGCCGCUCGGGCAGUCGCUCAAGCAACCACAGCCAUCACAGCCAGACCAAGCGGCCUCGCUAUACCCAAUCCUUCAACAACUACCCCGGCACUAGCAACCACAAUCGGAUGAAAGUGAGGACGACGACCACCGCAUCUCAAUCGUGGAAGAACAGCUUCCAGCUGCCCGAGUCGUCUCCCGUAUACCACCGCCGCCAUGCUCGCUUCGGUCGUGUGCAGCACGCACCCAGCCUCUCCUUCGUCUCUGAGACAUCGACCGUCCCCGACCCUCGCUCGCCCCUCAUGUCCGAAGAUGACGACGAAGACCUGCCCGUAUCGUCGUUCCAGAUCAACAAGUCCUUCAUGCGAUCCUCGCCGCCGAGAGUCCCACGCACACCGCCACCUGGUGUUGCCCGCUCCGCACGCCUCCGUCAGAGCGGCUUCACAGCAGCCGGCGCCGCAAGAGAAGGACACAAAGGGGAGGAAGAUGUUGGCCUCCUCAUGCAUUUUGCCACCUCACCGUCGCCAGCCAGGCCGGGUGAUUCGAAACCACACAUGCUCCCGCCCUCCACGCCGCCACCAAAAUCCACUCCUCUACCAUCUUCGCACAUGUCCACACCAGGAGGCGGACUCAACUUCGGCUUUGGCCUGCAAACACCCAAUGCUAAUCUAAACUUCGCCGACUUCCUCAACAUGUCCCCGAGCCCUGCACAGAUCAACCAGUCAUGGAACCGCACACCGAUUGCUGGAAAGACGCCAGUUGCUGCACGAGAGGCCCGACGGAGACUGAACUUCGACACACUGGCACCACCCACAAGCGAAAGCAGGAUGCCCAAAGUCGAAGGUCUCGGCAUGGAAUUAGGUGGGGAGCUCGUCUCCUAA